GGACGGAGUCUCUGGGAUGGACACGUCCCUGAAGCGCGUGGCGGUGGUGGAGGAUUUCUUUGACAUCAUCUAUGCCAUGCAUGUGGAGAUCAGCACGGACCCCAGCAAAGCUCCCAAACACGCCGGCCAGAAGAAGACCUAUAAAGCUAUAGCCGAGACGUACGCCUUCCUGCCCAGGGAGGCAGUGACUCGUUUCCUGAUGAGCUGUGGAGAGUGUCAGAAGAGGAUGCACAUUAGCACCACGGGACAGGACUACAAAGAGAACGACAGGCCGAGCUCUCUGGUGCUGGAGGUGAUCGACUACAACAUGCCCCUCACCACCACCUACAUGAAGCACAUGAAGAUGCAGUGCAUGGGCAACAACAAGGAUGACGGUUCACUGAGCAGCGAGGAGGAGGCAGAGAUGAGCGAGACCACAUGGCUAGCAGCUGAUUUGGGAGCAGCGUCUGACCUGAGCCCGCUAAGCCGAGGAGAGAGGAUGCGCCACAGUCCCCAGAACACGCACAGCAAGGAGGACGACGAGGACUCCUCGUCAGAGAGCGGCAGCGGAAAUGGCCUGCCCGCCCUGACUCCUCCCUCUUCCGCUGUGACGGAUGGCCCCAUGGUAGGGGAAGCAGAGGUCAUCAAUGGGAACGGCGGCCCGGCCCCGCUGGACUUCAGCACGCCUACUUCCUCCUCCUCGUCUUCCGAGGACCAGCAGCCAAUGAACCUCAGCGACCCGCCCCCUCAGCGCCUUACCCUGUCCACAUCUCAUCUGCCCGUCACCGUGUCGGCCGCGGCUGCCGCGCUGCUCGGCGCUCUGCAUCCCAGCGCGCCGGAGGAGCUGCGCAGGAAGUACCCGCUGGCUGCCAAACCUCCCUUGGCUCCGCACCCUGCCCUGCCUCUGCCCCUGCCGCACACACAUAGCGCACACACUCCCAUCACACACUCCCAGUCCCACACGCACACUGUCGAGCUGCGAUUGGACAGAGAGGCCAGGGACUACGGGGGCAAGUCCCCCCAGUACAGUUCGGGCGGCAGCUAUGACAGCGUGAAGAUGGACUUAGGUGCCGAGGACCUGACCACAGGGCGCCAGGGUGCCCCUGACGAUGAUGACGAUGACCACGACGACCACGACGACAACGACAAGAUCAACGACACAGAGGGAGUCGACCCGGAGAGACUAAAGGCCUUUAACAUGUUUGUGCGUCUGUUUGUGGAUGAGAACUUGGAUCGGAUGGUUCCCAUUUCUAAGCAGCCCAAGGAAAAGAUCCAGGCCAUCAUCGAGUCCUGCAGCAGACAGUUCCCUGAAUUCCAGGAACGCGCCCGCAAGCGCAUCCGCACCUACCUCAAAUCCUGCCGACGCAUGAAAAAGAGCGGCAUGGAGACCCGUCCUACCCCACCUCACCUUACGUCAGCCAUGGCCGAGAACAUCCUGGCAGCCGCCUGUGAGAGCGAAUCACGCAACGCCGCAAAGAGGAUGCGCCUUGAUGUCUAUCAUGAUGAGCAGAUCUCUCUGGACAAGCCGUCCAGUGGCGCGGGGGGGCUGAGGGAGCCGGCAUCCUUGGCUCACUCUGCAUACUCCUUGGCUGCAUCUGCCUUCUCCUCCCAGGACUCCCAGCUCUACAUCAACGGAGCUGGCCUCAGCUAUGGCUACCGUGGAUUCCCAGGCCUGGGCGCUGCCAUGCAACACCCCGUUUCCCUGACGACCGGCGCUGCUGGUCAGAGCAACGACCUCAGCAUGAAAUCGGUCUCCUCUGCCAACAUCGGUAACUCCACCUCCUCAGCCUCCAUCAACAACAGCCUGGGUGGGCGGGGCAGCGGGGGCGGCGGCGGAGGGGGCGGGGCGUCAACCCAGCUCAGCCAACCGGAGAUCACGGCCGUGCGUCAGCUGAUUGCUGGCUACAGGGAGUCAGCCGCCUUCCUAUUACGCUCUGCAGACGAGUUGGAGAACCUCAUCCUGCAGCAGAACUGAUUCGGGAGAAACGUGGGAGAACACACACACAGACACACACACACACACACACACAAACAAACACACACACACAUUUCCCAUUUGGUUUGUUUUGUGUCCGUCCGCAUCCUCGUCUCUUCUUAAGGAAGCUUAACACCGCGACGAUUUUGCUGUUCCCUCCUUCAGAAACUGUGGCCACUAUUUUUUUAUUUUCUAGAGGAAAAAGGUGGGAAACUGGAAUAGAAGGAGGGAGACCACAACUCUCCCACAACCUCAGUCCGUUGCUUCUGGCUGAGGAAGAAACUGAUAUUUGGAUAAAAAAAAGGAGCAUAUGGUCUCUGAAGGAAUCUCUUGCCCUCCUCUCUGAAAGCGCGUCACAAUCAGCACCGCACUGUGAGCUGAGGAGUGUGGAGAAGAAAAAGAGAGGAGGAGGAUAAAAGAGGAGUGUAGCUGGAACAAAGAGUGAGGACCGCUGCUGUGGGUCGAGGAGAAUGCGACUUUGACUCGUGGAAGGAGAGAUGCCGUUUUGUCUGACGGGAGCCACGUCGAUCAUAACGAUUUAAAGAAUGAUAAAUAUUGACUCCCUGAAUUAGUGCUACUGACACUUAUUGUUAUAUCACAAGUGUUUUUGAUUUUAUUGAAGUUUUUCUUUCUUUUUUUUUGGAGUCCAGUGAGCAUUUAUUUUGUUUGUUGUUGUUUUUUACUCUUCCCAAGUGGCUGGUUUGACUUAUCUUAACAGAUAGCACUAAUAACAGAAAAUAAGAGCGUAGGGGCGACGGGAUGGAAACUGGAAAUGAAAAAAAAAAAGUUGAUGCUCUGUUUAAAAAAAAAAGAGAAAAAAAAGGAGAGAAACCUUUUGUGUUUGCUUGUAUAUAAGCUCCCUUUGUCCUAUAGCACUUUUUCCUCACCUGAAACCUCACCUUAAAUCCCCCAGCCUCCUCACCCAUUUUACCCAGGGAGCAACUUGCUACUUAUGCAUCCGAGACGCCACGUGGACUACCAGGAAAUACCUCAGAUCAGACCUGCCAAUUCCAUUUUCUGUUCCUCACACCAACACACACACGCACUCUCCAAAUGAAAAGAAUGGUAACGUUCCCACCAGAAGCCAGUAUACUUCUACUUUACCACUUGAUGUCUUCAAGGAUUCUAUCAUUUGGGAAUCAAACUAUAUUGCUCAAAGACCUGCAAUAUCUAAAAACAAUGGAACUCUUGAACUGAACACUGAAAUCUUUGAACUCUAUUGUUUUCAUCCGUGCAGGUUCAUGCGUGUGCUGCUGUAAAUAAUCAGUUCAUCUUGAAAACUUGAGAAGAAUCAGAGUGGACAGGAGUGUGUUACUCCAGGAGGUGACUUUAUCCUUAAAGGGGAGGCGGUUUCUUAAAUGUAACGUGGGUUAAAUGUUGACCACUGGUGGCAGUUUGACCUCCAGCUUCUACUUUUUUUUUCUUUUCUUACAAAUGUAGAACGCCAACGAAACCUCAGCAUCACUCAGUUUAAAACCCUCAUCUCCCUCUCCUCUUCAUCUUUUUUUUUUCUUCUUAUUCUUCUUCUCUCCAUUGGACCUACUCUUCACCUCUCCUUCGUGGACCUAACCCUCCCCUCCCUGGUCUGCUCCAGGCUUCAGAGGAAGAGGAGAAUUGCUCUGUCUUACUGUGUUUGUUCGUUUGUUAAACUUGGAAAUGGCCAUUGUUGUUAUUAUUAUUAUUAUUAUUAUUAAUAUGAUCAUAAAGAUGAACGUUCAUGUUGCUGCUGCUAUACAAAACCGGACCUUCUGCCAUAGACCUGAAACCUCAACACAGCCGGGCGUUAGCUAGCCGCAGUGCCCCCUGGAAACCCGACCGACCUCCUGCGACCUUGACUGCAACAAAGCAAAAACGAUACAAAGACUUACAGGAGGACUUAGUGAAAACCCUCCUGCCGGCAUCCGCUCACCGUCCUGUGUCUCUGACUGGUUGGUUGGUUGGUUUCUUUGCUUUUGCUUUCUAGGGCUUGAUUUGUGUUGUUUUAUGACUUUCUAACUGUGAAACUUUUUUUUUUUUCUUCCCAUAUUUUCACCCUGUGGAGGAAACAGGGAGGGAUUUAUUAGUGGAGCCUUGCACCUCCACUGUGGUAUUCUAUACUGGGCCAACAAUUACACACUUAGACCACUCAACGGACAAACUUGGUCCAGUUGGUGAAACUCGUUAUUUGAUUCUGAUGGAAAGAGAGAUGACACUGAAUUUCUACAUAUACCUUUUAAAUAUACCUAAUGGCUUUUAGCUAUAUUAAUACAACACCCUAUUACGGUUGUUUUUGGUAAACAUUGCUGAACAUUAUAUUCUAUGAUAUUCCAGCGAACCUAUGUUGACCUGCUUGGAGUUCAGCCAAGGCCUCUGUGUUAAAGAAAAGUUUACAUUUUUGGAAAAAAGAUUUCUCCCGAGAGUUAGAUGAGAAAAUGAUUCCACCUUUCCACCUUGAGGCAGGAAGUAGAUUCAUUUAGCUUAUUAUAACGAGUGGAAAUUGAGAGAAACGGCUACGCUGUCUCUGUUCCAACUACUAGCGCCCUUAAGCUUAAUGUUAAACACCUUAUUUCCAUAGCUCUAUAAUUCAAACAAAGAAAACGAUUUACAAACAGUUUAUUUGCAGGACAAAUCUUUAGCUGUGACUUGGCGGUUGUUCAAGCUCAUAACCCCCUCGUCAUUUUACACUUUUCUUCAGAAUGAAACCAGGAAUGUCUCAUUUUGAAUGAUUUUGUGUCAUUGGUACAUGGCGAGGUAAGCGGUUUCUCCAGGUUUCCUGUCUGUAUGCUAAGCUAUGCUAACCAUCCCCUGGCUCCAGCGACACAAACAGAGAAACUAAAAAAAAAAACAAAGAGUAAAAGAUUUUGUUUUGUUUUGGUACAGUUGCUAACAAAAAAGCCUCUCGUGUAUCUCUUAUUUUGACGCUGAUGACCGAUUUGCUCCUGGGUUUUGACCAUCAGUCAUCCGUGAUCUGAAGCGGGGGGGGG